GGGAAGCUGCAGUUUCGCCCCGCCCAGCAAGGGGAGCAUCCCCAGACACCAGCUCAGGCAGCCUCCGUGUUGCUAGGUAACAGGGCCAGAGGGUUUUGCGAUGCCAGUCACGUUGCUGAAGUUCCCACCCCCCCCUCAGGGCCGCGGCGCUUCCUGCAAAGGGGUCUCCUCGUUCAGCGCUCUCCUCCGGGAUGGUCAGGCAGGUACCAGGGCCGGCCACCAAGAGGGAGUCCCAGUUUGGGGCCUGCCGGGUCAGAGCCCGGAGUGGUGUGAGGAGGGGCUCAGACCCAGACCUGGCAUCUUCCUUGCUGGGUGCUGCUGAUCUGUGGGGAGGGUCCCCGGGGGGAGGGGGCCAGCGGUGGGUGGAUUGGGGCAAGAACAGGCUUUGGCUCACCAUUGCGCCGCUCCCACCAGGUGCCCUGCUUGUGCCCCUGCUACCUUCAGAGGUCCUGCAUCGUGAGCGGCUUCCUGAGCAACCCUGCAGUCAUCUGCACCAGGAGGUGCUUUGAAGGUGGCACCAUAGCAGCCAGUGCCAAGGAUUCCGGGGCCCCUGUCUGGGAACUAACGGUACCCAGUAAACAUGGCGCUGCUGGGCCUUGUUGGAGGGGACAGCAGGGGGGCUGAAAUGCCGCAGAUAGAGAAGCUGGGCGUGGGAUGGGCUGAUAGAUGAGUGGACCUGGAGCCAGCUGAGAAUGGACAAGCUCACUCCAGGGGCAGACUCCUCGGUGGGGGUUCUGAGCUGGGAUUUGACAUGGAAACGGCAAUCUGGCUGGUGUCUGUGGUCACGAAGAGACCGUGCUGGCCCGCGGUUCUUGUUUCCACGUGAGAGCUGGGGACGGUGGCCUCUGAAACCUUCGGCUCCAGCCCAGGCUGACCCAGGCGAGCCCCCGUCGCUUGCCCCCUGAGCUGACACCAUGAUCUCCCCAAAAGAGAAGUCCAAGGCCCCCAAGGAUAGCAUGACGCUCCUUCCAUGCUUCUAUUUUGUGGAGCUCCCGAUCGUGGCUUCGUCCAUCGUGACGCUGUAUUUCCUGGAGUUGACCGACCUCUUCAAGCCAGCCAAGGUGGGGUUCCAGUGCUACGACCGGGCCCUGUCCAUGCCGUACGUGGAGACCAAUGAGGAGAUGAUCCCUCUGCUGAUGCUUCUCAGCCUGGCCUUUGCUGCUCCUGCUGCCUCAAUCAUGGUCGGGGAAGGCAUCAUCUACUGCCUGCAGUCCAAGCUGAAGGGGCGCAGCGGGUCGGAGGGGAGCAUCAACGCCGGCGGUUGCAACUUCAACUCCUUCCUGCGCAGGACUGUAAGGUUUGUGGGGGUCCAUGUGUUCGGACUCUGUGCCACCGCCCUGGUGACUGACGUGAUCCAGCUGGCCACCGGCUACCACGCCCCCUUUUUCCUGACGGUCUGCAAGCCCAACUACACGCUGCUGGGGAUCUCCUGUGACUCCAACCCUUACAUCACCCAGGACAUCUGCUCGGGCCAGGACCAGAAUGCGAUUCUCUCUGCCAGGAAGACUUUCCCGUCCCAGCAUGCCACGCUCUCAGCUUUUGCCGCUGUCUACGUGUCGAUGUAUUUCAACUCCAUCAUCUCGGACAGCACCAAGCUCCUGAAGCCCAUCCUGGUCUUCGCCUUUGCCAUCGCUGCCGGCGUCUGCGGCUUGACCCAGAUCACCCAGUACCGCAGCCACCCUAUCGACGUGUAUGUGGGCUUCCUCAUCGGCUCGGGGAUCGCCGCCUACCUGGCAUACCAUGCAGUGGGCAACUUCCAAGCGCUGACCGAGAGAGCCCUGGCCAACCCCCCCACCAAGGACGCCUUGCGUGCCCUGACCCAGCGCGGCCACGACUCGGUGUACCAUCAGAAUAAGUCGGUCAGCACUGACGAGCUCAACCCCCAGACCCGGCUGGACGGGGUGAACCGCCAGGUCCAGCGGGAGAAGAACUCCCUGGGCAGCCUGAAACGGGCCAGCGUGGAUGUGGACCUGCUGGCCCCCCGCAGCCCCAUGGGCAAGGAGAACAUGGUCACCUUCAGCAACACCCUGCCGCGGGUCAACACCCCCUCCAUGGAUGACCCCGCCCGGCGCCACAUGACCAUCCACGUGCCCGUGGACGCCUGCCGCUCCAAGCAGCUCAUCACCGAGUGGAAGCAGAAAUCCCUGGAGGGCCGGAGCAUGACGCUAGCCGAGGAGGCCAGCGGGCACGCGAGGGCUGGCUCAGACUCGGUGGGUGUGGAUGAAGAAGAGCAUGUCCCCUCCUCACUCUACCCGACAGUGCAGGCCCGCACGGCCGAGCGGGCUGCCAUGGGGCCACGGGUUCUCAUCCAGCCUCGGCCGGGGGCGUCCCAGCUGGUUCACAUCCCCGAGGAGAGCCAAGGCACCGCCAACAUCUCACCCACCAGCAGCUCGGCUGUGCGGGCCAAGUGGAUGAUGAUGGCGGAGAAAGGGGCGGGCCAGCGGGUAGCCAACCCGCCUCGGCUCAUGCAGGUCAUCGCCAUGUCCAAGCAGCAGGGCCUGGUGUCGGUCACCCCCAAGCACUCGGAGACCUCCUCGUCCUCCACCAGCUCCGACUCCUCCCAGUACCGCUCGCCGUCAGAGCGGGACAGCUCCAGCAUCGUCACCAUCGACGCCCACGCCCCACACCACCCCGUGGUGCACCUCUCCUCCGGCAACGGGCCCUGGGAGUGGAAGGUGGCCCAGAAAAGCUCGGAUGGGCAGGACGCCUACGAGCUGAACGAGAUGGGCAAGGAUUACCGGGGCUUCCGGCCCACCAGGAGCGCUGGCGUCUCCCCGGGCUCCUCCGUCAGCGACAUCGAGCAAGAUGAGCCGCGCUACGGCAGUGUGGCCACCAUCAACGUGGCGACGGGAGGGGGUGGGGCAGCGGAGCGGGGCGAGGGCAUGCCGGAGAAUGUGCUAGGCCCCACCAGCCGAGAGUCCACCCUGCGGAGGAAGCCCACCAGCCUCACAGUCAGUGAGAAGGACGGGCACACAGACAACGAGGCAGAAAACUACUACAAGAAAAUCCAAGGCAACCGGAGAUUUAAGGAGUAAUUCCCUCCCCAGUUUCCACCCCACCUGCCCCAACCCAGGGCAGCUGUCCAGAGUGCAGUACCUGCCUCCGUGGGUGUCUCCACUGCUGAACUACACAAUCUGUGCACUCCGUUUGCUGCUGCUUUGGGACAAGGCCAGGACUGGGGUGGUGCCAGCAUCCCGUCUUUGGGAUGCCUCCGGGGAUUUAUAUACAGCAGCCUCAAAGCGGAGCAGCACAUGGAGAAGAUGUUGCGAGCACCGGGUGGGAGGGGUGGACUAGAAGAUGCAGGGACUGCAGAAUUCUUCUCCAGGGCGUUAAAACAAGCCCCCUAUGGGACUCCAAAUGUCCAGCCAGGAGAAGAAUUUUCCGUGUUUGUUUAUUUGUUAACCAGGUGCUGACGGGUCCUGGGAGGGUUUUACUUUAUUCGGAUGUUGCGAUGGUGGGGUGGGAGAGAAUGAAUGACCUUGAAAGUCAGGACACCAGGAGUCCUGGGCUACCAAUUGAGGCAACAGUCUCCAGCCUUGCAUGUGGAUUUGUUUGCCUCGCUCAUUGGGAGCUGGUAGCCAACAGAUCCAGUCGCCAGUGGCUACCUGGACGGCGUCCUGUGUCACAUCCUCCUCCGUCUAUUUUAUUUGCAGGGGGGCAUGUCCGGCCACCGACUGAACUUCUGGCCGCUGUCAGACUCUGUAAAUAGCUCCCUGGCUGCGAACGUGGUGAGGAAGGGGUAUUAGCCAGGGCUCAGAGGCUUUUCACUGGCUGCCCGGAGAUUUUUCAGGGGCCUUUUGUUCAGGUGUCAGUGCCAGCCAGUCCACUCCUUGCCCUCUAUGCUGAGCCGCACAGAGAUGCCGAGGGACAAUUGACCCUCACCCCUUGUACUCCCUAUGGGCGGUCAGAGGAGGCUGACGGACCAAGCUUUCCAGGGGGGCACUUGGCUUAGCCGCCCAUCAGCCAAGGACACCUGGAUAAAUAACCCUCCGUGCUUUGCUGCGGCUACCAGGCGGCUCAAUCCUGCUGCCACUUUACCGCCCCCUCCUGGCACAAGCGUGGUACAGGGCAUAGGCGUCCCAGGUGGGAUCCUGGUUUUGGAAGAGCAGCCCUGUUCAAUUAACAGACGGCACCCAGGCUUGGGAUGGGGGCAACCUGAUUGCGCUGAUUGAAUUGUCUCUCUCAUCUCGCCGUCCCUGGGGCGAGACAGCGACCAGAGCUGCCAACGCCGGGGGGGGAGGGGGAAGCUUGCACACCAGCCUUGUGAUUUGAGCUGGUGGGAUUUUUAUUUAUUUAUUUUUUAAAUAGCGCGGGAAAGUUUGAUGGCGUCUUCGUGAUGCUUUUGUCGUCGUCAUUUGCCCCCCCCCCACGAAAAACGGCCGCUGUUUCCCCUGGUUCCCCACCGAACCCAAUCCACAGCUAAGCUGGCCGCCCCUUAGUUGCCGUGUGGGCCUGAUACCAAGCCUAGUGACAUCUUCCAGCCAUUGGCUUCAGUGGGCUUUGCAGCAGGGCCCCUGUGUGGAAUGGGAUGGCGGAGGGACAGGAAAUGGAUGUCGUGUCCCCCCCGGCUCUAGCCAGCAGCUGUGUGAGACCCCGUGGCCUUGGCUUAGCCUCCAGGCAUCUGUCUCUGUAGCCACAACGGCUAACUGGUCAGAAGCGGUGGGAGAGCUGUGAGCUGGAAGGCCGGUGGGUGAACGGGAGGCAUGCGUACAGGGGUGGAGGGUGGGUGUUUGCAUAAGGGGAUAAAUACGCUCUAGAGAGAUGGGGGGGUCCUAGCUGGGAUCUGUGCCACUGGGGAGGAGGGUGCGGGGAGCUAACGCUGGGGGGUCGGGGGAGGGGAAUUACACUGGGGCAUAACAGGCCUAGAUCCCUUACAUUGCCAAAUGCUACCGGUGCUAUCAGCCAAGCUCAUCAAAACAGGGCACGUGUAGGUCCCUUCAGCCCAGGCACUCCUUCGUCCCUCGCCAAUCGCUUGCAGGGGGUGCAAUUAGAAGGGUUCCUCUGAUCCUGCAGCCCUCUUCCAUUUCUCAUGGGCAGCCACAUUUCUGGCUCGCGGGGGAACUUCUAGGGAGAGCGGUGAGGAGGGACCCCUGCCUGGUCCCCCAGCAGUGGGUGAGACAGGACGUGUCCCUCCCCACUUUGAGGGAGCUUCGUGGCUGCUGGAGCUUGGGGCGGGGAGUUACUGGCAUCCUGGUAGGAAACUGAUCCAGAGAUGUAGCCUGUGCUGUUCCAUAUCCCGUUCUGCAAGGGUGUGAGCACCGGGGCUCCAGGAGGGCUAGAUCAGGUUGGAGGGGGAGGGAACAACCCGACACUAAACCAAUCCCCAAACUGUAAAUGCAUCUGUCAGGCGAUGUCUGAACCUGCUGUGUUUGUAAGGAAAUAAAUGAAUGAACUUG